CCAUGCUAUGCUCCGCAAAAAGACUUGAGCGACAAGUCAGGCGAGUAGAAAAAUUAAAAAAGGACCUUCAUUCUUCUCUUCUCUUCUCUUCUCUGUAGGUAAAAAGCUCUUUAAAAGCGUGAAAGCCAACGCCAAUUACGAAUACCAACCAAAUGGAUCUGAAUAUGAACCUCAACGCCCCUCACUCCAUGGGCACAACCAUCAUCGGAGUCACUUACAACGGCGGUGUCAUCCUCGGCGCCGACUCUCGUACCAGCACCGGGAUGUACGUUGCUAACCGGGCAUCUGACAAAAUUACGCAGCUCACUGAUAAUGUCUACGUUUGCCGCUCUGGAUCCGCUGCCGAUUCUCAGAUUGUUUCCGACUAUGUCCGCUAUUUCCUUCAUCAACAUACGAUACAGCUAGGGCAGCCUGCAACUGUCAAAGUUGCUGCAAACCUUAUCAGGCUACUAUCCUACAAUAACAAGAACAUGCUUGAGACUGGCCUUAUUGUUGGUGGGUGGGAUAAGUACGAAGGUGGUAAAAUAUAUGGAAUUCCUCUUGGUGGAACACUGAUUGAGCAGCCUUUUGCUAUUGGAGGAUCUGGGUCCAGUUACCUAUAUGGGUUUUUUGAUCAGGCAUGGAAGGAAGGAAUGACAAAGAAUGAAGCUGAGCAACUAGUGGUUAAGGCAGUUUCCCUUGCCAUUGCUCGUGAUGGUGCUAGUGGGGGUGUUGUUCGCACUGUCAUUAUCAACUCUGAAGGAGUGACGAGGAACUUCUACCCUGGUGACAAACUUCCACUGUGGCAUGAGGAAUUGGAGCCUCAGAAUUCGUUACUGGAUGUACUGAACACAUCGAGUCCUGAACCAAUGAAUAUUUAAUCAAAGGGGACUCAUCUCUUAGAUGGUGUUGAGCUGCGCUAGAUUUGUCUCACAGCAGACUGUUUAUUUCUUCUAAUGUUUUUAGUUGAGUUGCAAAACAAUGAUGUAACUGUGGGUUGACUCGGAAUGCAGUUUUAUUGGUUGAUGAAAUAUGUUGUGGGUGCUUAUAUUAUUAUAGAUGUUGUGUUCACGUACU